UCUUUAAAACUGGAUUUAGAGAAAUGGAAACCUGAUUUAAUCCACGAAGAUCAGGUGUUUGCAGGAAAAGCAGAAGAAAGAUCUGCUCAAGUGAGAAUUUCUCUUGCUCUUUUAAAGCAAGAUAUUGCUUUGUAA